UAUGAAAGAUUUACAGAUGUUUACAAAUUUUGGAGGACACAUGAAUCAUAAAAUAAUCCUUGCAACUUUUUCACGUUCCAAAAACUAUAAAAAAAAAUAAUUUCAAAAAACAAGAAGCCAUCACAAAACGUACUCUCAAGUCAGCUAAAAGAAAGAGCUGGAAAUCUUUCUGCCUAUCAUUAACCAAUCAAACUCCCAUCUCCUACAUCUGGAACAUGAUAAAACGUUUCAAAAAAAGACAUCUCGGUCUCCCUCCUCCACCUAGACGCGGGACCCGUUUCUGGCAUCACUGCCUACGACCUACGACUCGAGCACUUCAAAGGCCGAUUCUGAACGAGCGAAAAGGUGAAAGUAAAAUUUUCCCGAGGAGAUAUACAUGUAUAUACCUACGGGACGAGUGAAUAGGCACAUCCCGCAAUACAUUUAAAUACAUCUUGUCGCAGAACAUCGGGGAAACAUGCUCAUGUUGAUGUGCCUCGUCGUCAGACAUGCUAACUUGGUCGAGUGUCAACUAACCUAAUUUACGAUCGCGGAUUUCAUCUGCGUGAUAACGCGAAUAAUGUGUAUCUCGAUGAACGCGGCUCUUUUUACGAUGGACAACACGAUUGACAAGUGGGACAAUGUCUGCAGACUGUGCUCGGAGGAGAGGAACGAGAUGUUGCCCAUCUUCGGCGACGAGGGUCUGCAGCGCAGGAUGGCUCAGAAGCUGCGCGCCUGUCUACCCGUGCUGGUGUACAAAACUGAUCCCUUACCGAAACAAAUUUGUCAGUUCUGCGCGGCGAGGCUAGAUGAUGCGUACGAGUUCAGAGAGUAUUGCCUGAACGUCUACAGGGAUAUGCACGCCAUGUUAUUCAAGUGUAGACAGAUAGAGUCUGUGCAGAUAUUCCUCGACGCGAUGAAAAACUCGCCGGAUCCAUGUCAGGCACAACUCUGCAAGGAGAGGUCUAGAGCACCACCGCCAUUGGUUCCUCUAUCAAUCGGACUACCCCUUGAUGAUUUGGUGACUCCGAUCAAUCAAAUUAGUCAAGAUCAAUUGCAAAAUGUCUGCAUGGAAACCUUGUCUGAACUACCUUGCGAAGUAGAGAUCAAAGAAAUGAAUGAAGAUCCAAUUUUGGAUGCUGAAAAUACAAUCUGUGAGCCAUUGAAGAAAAAACGCAAGUUAUCAGAGAUGUUUGACACAAAUAUGCAAACAAAGACAGAUAUUGUUUCUAUAUUUGACACAGAAGAAGAAAACACAGUUUUCAAGGCAGAUUAUCAAACGAAAAAGGAAGAGAAACGAACCAGUAUUUUGGAACAAGUUUUGACCGGUAGUUUGACAAUGAAUAAUCAUCAGAAGCUACAACCUAGAGCAAAAUUAACUUCUGAAUGGUGGUGUGCACCCUGUAACAGUUAUUAUAGAACAAAGGAUAGUCUAAUGAAACACAUGCAAUUGCACUGCCCACGUAUAUAUACCUGUAAAAAAUGUUCCUUAUCUUUCGAAUCUGUAGAAAUUUUGGCAAAGCACGAAGCUAAUAAUCAUUUAAAAGUCAAAUUGGAUUUCACGGAAAGCUUGAAAGAUUGUCAUAAAUGUGAUCGGCAGUUCAUAAGCUGGGAUAUGUUGAGACAACAUAGAUUACGCGAUCAUUUAGCCGAAUUGACUGAGAUUGGAACCAACACAUGGUGUUCAUUGUGCAAUAGGUUUUUUCCUACUGUAGAAACUUAUCAAAAUCACAUUCAAUUACACCAAGCAAAUUCAAUAAUAUCGCAGAACCUACCUUUCGCAGAAUCUGCGAUAGCAAAGACACCAGAACGGCCGAGGGAAGUUAAAAGAGAGGAGCAAUUCUAUGAAAACGUUUGUACUCAGCAAAGUGCAUUAUCAAAUCAUAUGCGUACUCACGAACCGAAGAGACACAAAUGCGACAUUUGCGGUCGGUCAUUCGGGCUUUUUAUACGCCUGGCCGCACACAGAGUAACUGAGCAUAAUGUGCAGCCAACAAUGUUACCAGUUUUGUCAGCAGUUGAGCAGGAGGAAGCAUUAAAUGCUGAAAGAGAAGCAAGGGAAGCAAGGGAAUCUAAAACUCGUGGUGCCAAGAAUAAAUUCUAUUCCGAGAUGAUGGAGAAAAACAAUGUUCUGGUAGAUGACGAAUCUUCAACAAAACGUAAUUCUAGUGGAUUCAAAAACGUUGCAAGAUGCGGCAUUUGUCUACAAUGGUUCAGCGACCAUACAACAAUGCUAACGCAUCUCCAAACACAUUCGGACAAUUCCCACAAAAAUUUCAUAUGUCACAUAUGUAAAAAGUCAUUUAAAGAACAAUCACAAUUGCUCAGGCAUGAGACUUGUCAUAAACGCCUAUCACUCGAUAAUGCUUCACUGUAUACAUCUGCUGUUUACAACAAAUCGUCGUCUAUGGAUAAACUGCAACAAAAGAUGCACACAGUGGAUAGAACUUAUCACUGCGCAAAAUGUAACAAAAUUUUUUUCAAAGAAGUAUCACUUCUCACUCAUCAGUGCACGAGCAAGGCACAAUUUGGAAAGAAAGUUGCUGCAAAAUCUCUGCAGAAGACAUCGUCUCACGAUAACGACAAGAAAUACAAAUGUUCGAAAUGUGACGCAUCUUUCGCAAGUUCACAAUCACGGAAUGCUCACAUGAGGAUGCACGUCGAAAGUGCGCAUAACAAUACGGCACAAACAUAUGAAAUUAAAACUGAAAGGGAUGACGAACCGAUGCCAAAAUUACGUCCUGAGACAUCGCUAGAAUACAAUAUAUCUCCUAUCGAGCCAAAAAUCGAAAUCAAUGAACAGAGUACACCACCACCUCUUAAACGGACUCUCAUUAAAACCGCUAACGGACAUCGAUGUGGUGUAUGUCAAUCACCAUUCGUGUCAAGAGAGUUAGCAGUGGCGCAUUUGAGAUCUGCACAUCCGGUGAUGCCAUACCAGUGCCCUUAUUGCAAAAAACGCUUUACGACGCAAUACACAUUUACUCAUCACAUCAAAACAGAACAUCCCGAUGAACCCGAGAAAUAAAGGUUGUUUGAAAUUGCAUGCCGAAGGUAAUGGACAGAUCGAGAUAAUAUCACAAUAUGUGCCUCGUUAUACGUGACAAUUUUGUUUAUACUAUAUAUACAGGAUGUGAGAUACACACACACAUAUGAAACGUUAAAAAUAAUUAAUAUCUUAAAAAUAAUUAAUAUCUUAAAAAUUUUAAAGUAAAGGUAAAAGUUUUGAACAAUGUACAUAAUGACAAUCCUUGUUAUUGUUAUUAUUCAAAAGCGAGGCAGAUCUAUGGCAAGCAGUAAAUAUACUUCUCACACAAAACUGCAUGUAACUUUUACUUUACACUAUGUUUUCUAAAACCAAAAUAUUUUUUAAGAUAUUAAUUUGUAUUAUACAUUGUAUGUGUCUCGCUGCAUGUCAAUCUUCGGCUAUUAAUUGGCCUUGGACAAAAACUUUUCUAGCGCAUAAUUAUGCGAACACUGAGGUUAGAUCUGUUAUACGAGGCUAUUGAUAUUAGUAUUUACACGAAACGUGCCUGUAUGUGCUUUGUUUUACAGCGUCAUAUAAAAAAUGGAUUUUAUUUGUUAACCGCGCGAAGUAAAAGCAGUUCUAGAGCGACGGUAAGCAAAUUUUAAACGCUUUGAUUGAAAAAUUAAUAUAAUUAUGAGUUACACUGCCCGUUAGCGGUAAUAGUUUGAUUAUGCAAUUUAUAUAUAUAAUAUGACUUAUCUUUUUUAGAUUUAAUUAUGUUUUAUAUAUUCAUGACAUUAUAAUUAAAUAUAGUUACAGUAACGUAUCGAGAAUUCUAAAAUAUAUCAAUUACAAUCACUCUAGAAUUGUUUACUACAAAUAACGUAUCCAAUUUUCUAAUGCCAUUGUAAGUUAUCUUGUGUUUAGGGGACUUCUCUCACAAUACCUCCAAUAAUAUGAUAUAAUAUGAUCCAAUAAUAUGAUAUUAAAGGAAAGAGUAUUGAGGAUUCUAGAUUGUUCAAUCAUGUUAAAAUACAUUCCCUUUUAAGAAAUGUUUUGUGUAUCCAUAUUGAAGUCUUAUUUUGUGUUAAGUGAUUUUAUGUGUCGCUUUGUGAUACAAUGACUUCUUUCUAAGGAUAUCCAAGAUCAUAGUUAUGAUUAAAAAAGAAAAGUCAAAACAAUGCUACAUAAUUUAAAUAUGUACAUUGUCUUCGCAUAAGUUUAUUUUAUAUAUAGCUUAUUUACAAUAAUCGAUUAUCGAAAUUUUAUUUGCAAUAAACUUAAUGAGAGAAAUAUUAUCGUGAAAAUAAUUUUUUCUGUAUUAUAUGAGUUUUUCUCCUAAAGAUAUUAAUUUUCAUAAAACAUCAACUUUGCAAAAAGAAAUAUAUUUUUCUGUAAAUACUUCAGUAUGUUAUAUAUAUUCGAAGCUAUCUUCUACUUUCUCUGGCACUACUAUUGCCAAAGUGAAUUUAAUUCGUGCUUUGAAAACCAAUUUACUGCCAAUCGAUUUUUAUUAUACAUCUUACCUCGUAUUAACUUUUCUAAUUCACAUCAUAAUUUUUAGAUUAAUUUACCAUUGCUCUUGUUCGCCUUUGAGUAAUUGUUUAUUAUGUAUUUAUGUUAUGGUUAACCAGAUGGACAAAACUACUUGGAAUUUGACGUAAGGAAUGUGUCGAAUAAAUUUAGAAUGAAUUCGAUAUAUUUAAUAGCGACAUUAGAGCGAACGUACACACACAUACCACUGACUGAAUAAUAACAUACGGUAAUAAUGGUAUAUUUCGCUACGAUAAUAAUUUUAUGAAAAUUAUUAUUCAGAUGACAAAAAACAUUUUUAUAAAAUGUUUUAUUUUCCGUAUAUUUUAACUAAAUGUUAAAAGAUUUAAAUUGAUUGAAAGAUGUAGAAAUAAUAUUUAUAAUGAAGUACAAUGUUGAUAAAGCACAAUGACGUAAGUGUAAAUAACAUCGAAAACAUGUUUAAUAAAAAAAGUAUCCUUUUUAAAGGAUUUUAUCAAAUAUAUAUUUUAUAUUUUAUAUAUAUUUUAAAAUUAUUUUAUGUUUUUGCAUCUCUCGUAUUUAUCGUUAAAUACGUUGCUAAAGAAAAAGUGUCUCAUCUUGUCUGCGAAUGUACAUUCUUCAUAUACGAGAUAAAUAAAAUUUAGAAUCAAAUAUCCACAUUUCACACUAAAUGUGGAAAGUAUGUAUGAAUAUGAUACUAUAUAAUAAUAUUGUUGCGUCCCUGUGUUCCAUUUCAGUGAUAAUAGUGUCCUUGCGAUCAUAUAUUUGUAAUCCGCUAUGCCCUAUCGAUACGGGGUCAUCGACAAAAAGCGAGAUGACAAGAAGAUUGUCUCCUGAUGCAUCAGAUGUUAUUAAUCAGCAAAAGAAAAUGUCUUGAAUAGAGAGUUGAAUACUUUUACGAUAACCGACGUGCCGUGCGAGCGCAUUUCCGAUGGCUCUGCUAAUUCCAAAUAAAAAUAUCCUUGUUGCGUGUUUUUCCUUGUUAUGUUUCUAUGUUUUUUUAUUAAGUUAUACUUUAAAACUGUUCCUUACUCGCAAGCGCGAGCGUGACUAGUGAUAGUGAAAAUCGCGAGAUAUCGAUCUCGAUCCGUGUGGACGCAACAAUAUAUAUUAUAAUAUACAU